AUGUUCACGGUAGCUGGGAAGGAUAACUUGGCGUCGACCAUCCGCAGAAUCGCAGAUGACCCAGCGAGGCGUACAACUAUGGUAGAGGAGGAGAUUAAGCGUACGAAGGAGCUUCAGCGGAAAAAUCUGCAGGAAUACGAAAGCACCGUUUCUUCCUUGUUAAUCUGUCUAGAAAACUUUGAUGUGGUGCAGAGCGACACACCUGAGAUUACGUGCGCCCUCACUGUGCUCGACAUAUUGCUAAGACUUGAUUUGACGACUAUUCAGAUGUCUCAGUGCAGCAGCUACGCCCGCCUAUGUCUCUGUGCUGUCAGUGACACCUCCAUUGCACCGGCAGCGGCGCGAACAUUUGCUGAGACGCUUGUGAAUAGUAUGACCUCCGAUUUUGCCCGUAUGGAGAUUGAUGAGACGCUUUCAUGGAUUGAGCUACCCGACGCCAGCAUGCGAGCUAGGAGAAUAUGCGGGUUAUUAGUACUGCAGCAGGUGGCACUACGCAUUCCAAUGCUGAUCCUUCCCAAGCUAGGAACUCUCUGUGAGAAGUUGUGGAGUGGACUGGCCUCCUCGGAUGAUAUGAUACGCGACACCUCCGCACAACUAUUUAAGGUGUGUGGGAAACUACUUAGUAACCGCUCACCGACACUGCGCAUCAAAACGGUGGAUACACUGCUGUCUCAGCUCAAGUCUAAUCUUGCCGCAAAGUCACGCGAGUCCAACUUGGCUGGUUUGCUGGCCUUUGAGACGGUGGUGAUGAGCUCCAUGGGUGGCUCUUCGCAGCCACGGUAUGAAGACUUAUCCAUUAUGUUGGUACCUUACAUAAUGUCUGGUGGGUCCUCGGCGAACUCUGAGCUUGUGCGGAAGUUGCUCUUUCACUGCCUAGUUGUGCUUUGCCGUUAUAACACGACAUUAUUUAUAAUCAAUCACCUGAAGGAUACGGUGAGUUUUGCGCUUAAGUCCAUUCAAAACUUAUUUCAGCACUGCACUGCUUUUGAUAUGCUUAGUGAAAUUAUUCCGAUGGUUGGUAAAGCGGCCUUUACGCCUUUUGUAAAGGAGACAUGUGAAGCUGUUUGCUUUAUAUCUGAAAUGUCCCCGACGCCGUGUUGGGAGUCACUCAAGUGUUUCUCGGUGAUAUUUAGAGAGUGUCCACCGCCGGAUGUUGAGAGUUACAUCGAGCCAUGCAUAGAAAAUGUCUUUAACUGGGGGUUGUCCUCACAGUUAAUUGAGUGUAUGCGGGAUAUUAUUUCAUUGUCCAGCAUCAAAGGCCGGACAAAGCUGGAGGAGGCGCUUCUUGAUAUGAUUUCUGUCACGCUGUGUGGCUUGCCGUUUCGCCAGGUGGCGGGGACGCGAAUAAAGACGGGUAAUCACCCAGACUCUGAGCCAACAGAGAGCCAAAUUGUGGUGGCACUUAAUGCUCUGAUACAGUUUGGCUUUUCGGAUUCUGAGCUUAUGGGUGACUUUCUUCGUGACUCGGUGCUUCCACUCAUCGAUAGCCCGAGUGCAUGCGUGCGGAAUGCCGCCGUUAAUACCAUUGUGUCUCUGUUAAUUCCACCUGGUAUAAAGGGGGAGUUGACAAUGUCCCGUAGAAUAUGUGUGGAUAUGAUUGUCUCACGCAUGCUUGUAGUUGGACUGGCUAAUCCAGAUCCGGUGAUACGUGCGACGAUCUUGUCCUCCUUCACCCAAUCGUUUUAUCCGUACCUGAGUGAAUUGCAGUUCCUAACGCAGUUAUUCUCGGCGCUUGGGGAUGAGGACAUAUGCUGCCGCAUUGCCGCCACAGGGUUGCUAUGUCGUAUGGUGAACCACUACCCGUCACAUAUUUUACCCAUUUUACGCAAAGAAAUAUUGCACAUUCUCUACACCCUUUCUAGCGAAGACACCGGGAAUAAGGUGUCUAACGGACUACUUUUGUUAGACGCAGUCGCAUCCAAUGCCCCACAAUUUGUGGUGAACUUGACAGACGGCAUUAUUAAAGUCCUUGGACGCCACCUUUCAUCUCUGGAAGUGAAUUCUCCGAUUUUGCAGUCACUGCUCCGCUGCUGCACUUCUGUGGCUCGUGCGGUGCGCUUUUUUGGACACAACGAACCCAUUUUUACGCUGGAGGUGGAGCGUGUGUGUGAGUUGCUAGACCUCCUGCCGCUUGACACGGAGUUUGUCGCCUCGCGUUUGUGGUGCCUGCGAUUUAUUGGCGCCACUUUAGGUCCUCAAAUUGGGGGACGUUCCCCAUACGAUGUAUAUCCGCAGCUGUAUCGCCGUCUUUCGGGGAUAUUAAAGAAUAGUGACGAUGACCUGGACCUUCGUCUUGAGGCACUACGCUGCGCUGGGACCAUUGGAGUCCUAGACACACGUGUCUUUCAGUCGCUGGGCUUAGGCCAAAGCACACAGCAAACAAAAUUAGAACGAAACAACUCACAUACACUUAGUCAUGCCAUGUGCUGCCGCCAUGUGUUACGAGCUAUUGCUUCCCUGUUGGACCCUGAUGAGAAGCGGGUCUCAGUUAGCAAGGACAGUUUGCUGCGCGUAGGCAUUCAAACUGUUCUCCACAUUGGUGAAUGCUGCCCAUGUUCGCGUGCCGGGAUGGCGGUCGUGAUUCCCGCUAUUGUGCGUGCGGCCAGUGAACUUUCUCCUGGCCGCCUGCUUGGCAUUGUCUUGCAUGAGUUGGCACAAAUUGUAAAGUGCGUAGGUCCGACGUCGCUUUCGGAUGUGGCAACGCUCCAUACUUUUUGCGAUGUGGCGUGGGAGCGGUGCCCUGUAUAUCGAUUUCUUGUUGUACGUCUGGCGUCAACAAUUGCCAGCCUUAGGGAGAAGGGGGAUCAAAAGUAUCUGCAGAGCGACGCACGCGUCCUUCCCAUUACACUUGACGCCCUGAAUGACUCAGAUUCCUCCGAGUAUUUACAGUAUGCCAUUUUGGAGUACAUUGUGAAGCACACGGAGACACUUCAGUUCUGUGCUGAGAUUGUGGUGCUUGAUCUCCUUCGUGCCACGCAGAGAAACCCCAUAGAAUUUGGAGUGUACGCUGUGACGGCGCUUCGGACGGUUUGCACGACGUUAAACGUUGAUGAACUCACCGGCGUCAUUGUGCGUGGGUUGCUUGCUGCGUUGAAGAUGCACUCCGCCAUCCUCAUGCAGGACACGGAGUAUACGUCUUUCACAAACCGAAUCAUGAGUGUCUUCUGCGUGUUGAUUGUGCAGUUGCAGGGUGAGUUCAUCAAGUACUCCUCGCAGGUCAUCCGAACACUCAAGACACUACGCAUCUCCAACGCUGAGUUCACAACGCUGCAGGGGCUUCUACUCAAAGGCGUCCCCUGUACCCUGAGCGCGAGUUUAUUGGCGGAGUAUCACGCUCAGGUUGUCUCGCUCCUUAAAAAGUGUGAGUUGAUGAUGACGCGAGGGAUAUCUUACCUUGGAGAGGUGUGGUCUGCACGAAACAAUGUGGAAGAUGCAGCUGUGGUAUUUAGCGAUGACGAGCGACCGCUUCCCUUGGCAGAGCAGCGAAUCAUUAACACACUUAAGACUACUCCACUUACUAAGGAGGAAUGGCUUCGCUGGAUUGAUCAAUUUUCUAUUUCUGUCAUGCAGGAGUCACCAUACCGUGUGUUUCGUUGUGUUUCACUGCCUAUCGGCACCAAUGCCACUCCGCUUGUGGAGCGAUCACCGGAGUUUACGCAGGAUAUAUUACGUCUUGCAUUUCGUGCACUUUGGAACUUUGGCAGUGCCUCCAUUCGCUCCUCCAUUGUUGACUUCUUCCGGCAAACGCUGCAACGACCCACUUGGUCCUCCACUGUGCCUGAUGACUUUAUCACUGCCAUGCUUUCUCUCGUAGAGUACAUGGAUGUCGUGGGGAUGACACUGCCGAUUGCGGCCAAUGACCUCUCUGAGUGUGCGUGGUCCCGCGGGAUGCUUGCAAAGGCGCUCUACUGGCGUGAGGCCGCCUACCGCGAGGAUCCUGCCAGCACAAUAGAGUCCCUCACCAUUCUGUACAGUGAGUUGCACCAGCCUGACUCCGCGGUUAGUCUGCUUGGUGGGGCAAGCGAGAGUCAGAAGCGCUACUUGCUUCAGCAGUCGGAAAUUCUGAGACUUCCAGGGUAUACAGAGGCCCUGUGUCUCACUCAGGAAGAAAUUGACAGAGAUAUGAUGGGAUCAGAAACGAGUAGUGAAAGUUUUGCGAAACUGUUGCCAUACCGAUCAAAGAAUUUGAGACGCUUUUGUGGAGUCGCAGGCCGUUACCACCCUGACGUCAGUACGUUUUUUCGUGGUGAAGACACGACUGUUGACCUUCAGCUGGAGCAACGGGUGCGACAGAUGAUGAGCUUAAGCGAGUUUGGGGACUACGACAAGGUGCUGCAGCAGUGGGGUGUGAUUUUUAACCAAUACAAGGGGAAAAAAGUGGAUACUGAGGAAAAUAUCCUUUUUUACGUCUCACAGUAUGCGGCAGAUGCCUCCAUCCGGCUUCAGUCGUGGGGCACGUUGGAGGACGCGCUGCUGUGGAUGCCGAAGGAUAGCGUGCACUACUACAUCUCACGGGCGGCGCUUAGUAUUCACAAGGGUCAGUACGAUGAGGCUUCGUUGGCAGUGAAUGAAGGCCGAAAACUUUUGCUAGAUGAUCUUGCUGGACUUUUGCACGAAUCCUACAUAAGAGCGUAUGAGAGCCUUGUCAUCGCGCAGGAGUUAUCUGAGUUGGAGGAGGUGGUGGCAGCGCAGCGUGUCAAGGAGACGGUGUCGACGCAGCACCUUUGUAGCAUUUCACGUUUGUGGAGUCAGCGUAUUUUGAUGAUGUCACCUACGGUGCCUGUGUGGAAACAGGUGCUUAGUGUGCGGGGGCUGCUAAUUCCCCCAAGUGAGGACGUUACAACACAGCUGCGGUUUGUAAAACUAUGCCGACGCGCAAAUGCGAAGCAGCUGGAGCGCUUCACUUUGUUGCAGUUGCUUGGCUCUCGUUGUCCCACCUAUGAGCAACUUAUGAGCCACAACGCCAAUCCACGUGUUGUGAUGCAGUACAUUGGUUUUCUUUCUGCAAAUGGGGAAUUGGGACCAAACGGUCCGUAUGGUCUUGAAAGUGAUCUGCUUAGAAAAUUGAUUGACACACAUUCUAAGGUAGAGAAUGCGACUUUGCUCUCCCGCGCCUAUGUCCGUCUUGGUACCAAGGCCGAGCUGUGGGAGGCGAUUGAAUGCUACAAGGCUGCGACGUUGUAUGACCCCAACUGGUUUCAUGCCUGGCGUAUGUGUGCUGAGGCUAAUGUUGAGCUGCUAAACACCAACUACUCAGACGCCGCGUAUGCUGCCGCAAUUGAGGGGUACAUUAAAAGCAUUAAGUUGGGAAUCUCCGACUCCACCAUGAUCCAAGACGUGCUGAAGCUUCUGACGUUGCUGAGUCGUCCCUCGGACUCGGAGGACGGGCUGAGAAAGUUACGUGAAAAGGUAUUAGAGGUCUCCUCACGGGCAUGGUAUUUGGUGGUGCCACAACUCAUCGCUCGCCUGGACUCGGGUUCCGAUGAGAGCUGUCAACUCAUUGCGGACAUUUUGACCCCGGUGGCCUUUGAUUACCCCAUCUCCUUGCUUUACCCAUUGAAUCUGUCGGCUAUGUCUGACUCUGAGCGACGCAAAAAGUUGGCACACAUGAUUCUUGAGAAACUGAAGUCUAAGUUCCCUGUCAUUGUCCUUCAGGGUCGUCUUGUUAUUGAUGAGCUACUACGCAUCUCGGACUUGGUGUACGAGAAGUGGUACGAUCAGCUAGACGCCGCCGCCAAUGCCUUUUUUGGCCGCCGGCACUACCAUGAGAUGGUCGAAAACUUGCUGCUUCUGCAUGAAGAGCUGCAUCGGGCUCCGGAGACCAUUGUGGAGGCCGAGUUCACUUGCAAGUAUAGCAGCAGCCUGCAGGAGGCACAAGAGUGGCUACAGUCCUACAAGCGAACAGGGUCUGUUGCAGAUUUGCAUUCGGCGUGGCAUAUCUAUCAUUGCGUGUAUCGACAGAUUGACGCGCACGUACGGGCCCGGAAUCGAUUGCAAUUGCCAUUUUGUAGUCCGAAACUUUUUGAGGCGAGAAACCUUUCAGUGGGCAUUCCCGAUGCUAUGCCAACAGACGAGGGUAGUGUGUCCUGCAUUGCCUCGUUUAACGACACGCUGGUUGUGAUUGCGAGUAAGCAGCGACCAAAACGCCUAAGCGUGAUCACCACGGAGGGUAAAAAACAAAAAUAUCUUUUAAAAGGACGAGAGGACUUGCGGCUUGACGAGCGUGUGAUGCAACUUUUUCGCCUUGUGAACUCACUUAUGAUGUCCGACUCACGCGCCUGCAAAAACUCUGGGUUUCAGAUUAAACGCUACUCCGUUACUCCAUUGAAAGACACUGUGGGGAUUAUCGGCUGGGUGAGUGGGUGCGACACCCUUCACGAGUUGGUCAAGAAGUAUAGGACUUAUCGUGGGGUUCCGGCUGAGUUGGAGUUACGAAUGCUAAAUCAAAUUAUCGUCUUUGACCAGCCCAGGGCAUAUGAUUUUCUUACUGUGAUGUCCAAGGUGGAGGUCAUGGAAUUUCUUGCUGAUCAUACGACAGGGCAUGAUAUUCGGAAGGCGAUGUGGACCUCUGCUGCUAGUUGUGAGACAUGGUUGGAGCAACGACAAGAGUUUACCACGUCCUUGGCGGCCACAAGUAUGGUGGGGUAUAUAUUGGGUUUGGGCGAUCGCCACCCAAAUAAUAUCAUGAUCCAACGUACGUCUGGGUUAAUGGUCCACAUUGAUUUUGGUGACUGCUUUGAGGUUGGUAUGACGCGCGACAAAUUUCCUGAAAAGGUCCCUUUUCGGCUUACGCGAAUGCUGCGCAACGCAUUGGAUGUUUCAGGUGUUGAUGGGGCAUUUCGUACAAGAGCAGAAGUAGCCAUGUGCGUCUUACGCGAUGGCAGUCACAGCGUUCUUGCCAUACUGGAGGCCUUUAUUCAAGAUCCACUGAUCUCGUGGCGUUUACUGAACCGUCCAGGAGAGGAACCACAGUCAUCGGCGGAACACCAUACCUUUGAGCAAAUGAGACCAAGAAAACUCUACUCUCCCGCAGUAUUCAGAGGGAAACCACCUGCGGAUAGUGUCUCAACCGAGGCUGUCCGAACUGCCCAUCAUGCAUCUGUGCGGGAGGAGGUUGACAUGACUCACAAGGGCGUCACCAUCUUUGGGCGUGUGCGCUCAAAGCUAAAAGGUGAAGAUUUUAUGCAAACAGCAUUGGCCUCUGCGAGCAUGGAUCCAAAGGCACAGGUAGCCCGUCUCAUAGUAGAGGCGACGGAUAUCACAAAUGUUGCGCAGUCGUGGUCCGGCUGGUACCCGUUUUGGUGA